AUGCAGAUUCAUCCAUUUCUCAUUGGAAUCCUAAUCUUCAUUUACGCUCCUACAGCUGAUUCAAUUACAUGUUUUCAAUGUACAGAUUGUCCAGAACCAUUUAUAGAAACCUAUCCGUAUGUAACAUUAGCGAAUAAUACAAAUUUCCUUGCUAAAUGUACAAAAACAAUCAUGAAGAUGGCCGAUGGGCGUCGUUUAGUAUCCAAAGGUACAGUAUUCUUUUGUCCAACUCAAGCAGCAGCUGCCGACGCUGAAAUAUAUUGUUGCAAUACAGACUUUUGUAACGGAAGUUCUCAUAUUCACUUAUCUAUUACUAUAAUGUUUCUCUUUCUUUUCAUUUUAAUAAAACCAUAUUUAUGA